UUCCUGCCACUGGCACCAACAAAAGGACACUAUUCCUCCCAAUGGCACCAAUGGUGGGGCACUAUUUCUCCCAUUGACUCCGAUGAUAGGGCACUAUUCUUCCCACUAACACCAAUGAUAGAGAACUAUUCCUCCUAUUACCCCAAUGAUGGAGCACUAUUCCUCCCAGUGACACCAACGGUGGGGCAUUAUUCUUCCCAUUGACACCAACGAUGGGGCACUAUUACUCCCUCUAAUACAAACGAUCGGGCACUGUUUACUCCAACUGAUGCCAGGACAUUGUCUUCUCCCACUGGCCACAGUCUGGCCCCACAAACGUUUGAAGGACAAUCUGCCGCCCAAUCACCGGUGAGGAGGCA